AUGGAGACAGGGCCGGCUCCUCCGAAAUCUCGCAAGCACACGAGGGUUCUCACGGCGUGCGAUGCGUGUCGGCUGAGCAAAACACGGUGCGACUCCGCUCGCCCGGUCUGUGCGAAAUGUGUGAAGCGCGGGGUGGCCUGUGUGUAUCCAGAGUCCGAUCCGCUCUCAAUACUUGAGGCAUGGGGAUCCAAAAUCCUCGAUUCUGUCGAGCGUCAAGAGCGUUUGCUUGCGGAAACUCUUGGGGCGAGCCCGCCUUCUCAUUUUCCUGCCCAGCAGCCGCGGCAACUCCCGAGCUACCACCAACAACUGCCCCCAAUUGACGCGGAAGACACCGAGCUGAUUUCACGCAACGAUGCGCUCAAGACCCCCAUUACAGGGUCUGACAUGAUCCUCGGGUGGCCCAUCUUUCCGCAGGAGAAGCCUAUCUCGACGUUUCCCCCCGCCGCGUUUGAGGAGAAACCCGAUCGCUUUCAGGCAGAUAUUCCUAGUUUUGACCCCCGCCGAAUAUUCCAGUUGCGAGACAUUUUCAUGACCAAGAUAUGGCCGAAGAACCCAAUCGUUGACGAGGAACAGUUGGAUUCAUAUAUUGCUCGCGUGCUGGAAACGGGAAUUGACUGGUCUGCCGCCUCGUGCCUCUUGCUACUUGUCUUUGCGCUGGCAGCGAUAUGGGGCAACUACCCAGAGGAUGAGACAAGGGAGAUUCCAUGCCCUGAGCCCACUUUUGGCGCCCCGGUGACAUACGUGACGCUGUCGGUACCCGAGCACCGAAUGAAGGAGUCUCUAGGGUACCUCGGCAUGGCGCGAAAGCGAAUAUCGGCUGCGUACCUUGAUAACUCUCUUCUCGGGGUUCAGUGUCUCUGUCUGUUUGGGUUUGUUGCCUUUAAUUAUGCUUACCUGGCUGAACUGACCGGCUGUCAGUAUCUGGUAUCAAUAUAA